UUCUGUUAGUAGGUGUGAAGAUGGCCUCCCAAGUGUGUCAGAACUACCACAAGGACUGUGAGGAUGCUGUUAACAAACAGAUCAACCUAGAGCUCUAUUCCUCCUAUGUUUACCUCUCCAUGGCCUCUUACUUUGACCGGGAUGAUGUUGCCCUGCGUCACUUUGCUGAGUUCUUCAAGGAGCAGUCCCAUGAGGAACGGGAACACGCUGAGAAACUGAUGGAAUUCCAGAAUAAACGUGGAGGCCGAGUCCUCCUGCAGGAUGUCAAGAAGCCAGAGCAGGAUGAGUGGGGCAAUGGUCUGGAGGCAAUGCAGAGAGCUCUGCAGAUGGAGAAGGAUGUGAACCAGAGUCUGCUGGAUCUGCACAAACUCUCCUCUGGCCACACUGACCCUCAUCUGUGUGACUUCCUGGAGAGGCACUACUUGGAUGAGCAAGUGAAGAUGAUCAAGAAGCUGGGAGAUCACAUCACCAACCUGAAGAGACUGGGAGCCCCUGAGCAUGGCCUGGGAGAGUACCUGUUUGACAGGCUCACCCUGAGCUGAGUGGGACUCUGGAAUAUUUUUUCUCCUAAUAAAAUCCAAUACUGCUUCUCUUCUACUGGAUAUAGAAAUAAACAAUUUAUUAUUUAAUCAA